CUAAGUGGUACAAAUGGAAAAAAUGUUGACUACCUCUUUUGCUGAUCUUGCAUUAUUUUUAGAUAAAUUAUGACCUCCAAAUCGAUAAAAUUUAAUAACUCCAGUAGUGCCACAUAGUGCUCAUCAACCUUCAAGGUUAAGGUAUUCUUCAGCUUCAAGACCAAUCUACAGCAACGAAAUAAUGUUCGUAAGUUUUUUUAACUUUUUUCCUUGUGUGUUUUAUGAGAAUAAUAAUGUGCAUAAUUAUGAACUUAGGCAGUUCGAUUUUUUCAAGUUGUUUACUGUAUGUUGUUAUUGAAUGUUCAAUACAUGUAUUGUAUUGAACAUAAUAUGUCGUACCUACAUCAUAAUUUCGUCUUAUAACUUUAACUCUAUAUUUUACAGGUCGGACUUUGAGUAUUACUGCGACAAAAAAGCAGUUGCCAAGCGGCACGGAAAUAAACGCGAAGACAUAGAUUCUGAAGAGGAAACAUCUUGUAAAAGGUUGAAGCAGCAGAGACCGCGAAAAACAGCCAAACAUUUAUUUGAGGACUCUGAAGACGAAUCAGUUAAUAAACCGUUGAAGCAGAAACCUCGAAAAACGGCCAAACAUUUAUUCGACGACUCUGAAGAGGAAUCAGUUAAUAAACCAACUAAAUCAUCAGCGAAAAAGUCGUCUACCAAACGCAAGUCAGCAGAGAGCUCGAGUGGAGACAAACGAACUCGAACCUCAGGGUGGAAGCUGGACUUGGACGACGACGCGGACGUCGAGAGCAGUCGCGCGCGCAGCCAGCCCGGCCGCCUGCAGUCCGUGCUGACGCGUCGAGUGGCCGACGGAGUCCUGCGCCGCACCGCCUCUCUGCCUGGGGAUCUCUUCGUGGAGUUGCGCCUCUACAACGCGGACGAGAUACGAGCUGUGCAGCCGAAAGAUCGUUGGGAGAAGGCGGUAUUGUCACUCAAAUACCAAAGCAGCUCUAACGCCGAACAUCUUAACCUACUGCGGCAAUUCGUCACGCGUGCGCGAGAGGCAUUCGAAGAGGACGGUACUUUUUUCGCUGAUAAAAAAAAUAGUUCGUAAUUUGUUAUUAAUUAGUUAUUUAAGGUAAUAAAAUAAAAUACUUUUUUAUAUCUUAGUUUUUUCACCCAGUCUAUUUAAUUUCAUUCAAAGUUGUUAGGUAGGUUUUAAACUUUUUUGUAAUGUCUCAAAGAACG